CCAUAAUGGUGCGCUUGAAUGUCCUGGCUGAUGUUCUCAAGAGCAUCAACAAUGCCGAAAAGAGAGGCAAAUGCCAGGUCCUUAUAAGGCCGUGCUCCAAAGUCAUUGUCCGGUUUCUAACUGGGAUGAUGAAGCAUGGUUACGUUGGCGAAUUUGAAAUUACUGAUGAUCACAGAGCUGGGAAAAUUGUUGUCAACCUCACAGGCAGGUUAAACAAGUGUGGAGUGAUAAGCCCCAGAUUUGAUGUGCAGCUUAAAGACCUAGAAAAAUGGCAGAAUAAUCUGUUCCCAUCCUGUCAGUUUGGUUUCAUUGUAUUGAUAACCUCUGCUGGCAUCUUGGACCACAAAGAAGCAAGAAAACACACAGGAGGAAAAUUCCUAGGAUUCUUUUUCCAGGGAUGUAAAACAUUCAUAUAA